CGCGCAGCCCGACGCUGAUGACGGUGCGCCUCGACGGAUGCGAGCAUGAGUGGUCGACCUUCCCGCGGCUGCGGCGGCUGGGCCACGAGCCGGACACGGCGCCACCGCCCUGGCUCCCCGCCGCCGACGCCGCCUUUUACGCCCAGCACGCGCGCGCCAUCGCAAGCUUGCCUCCGUCCCAGCAUCCCACCACCGCGCUCCCCGCCGACCCGCCGCCGCCCGCCGCCCCGCCGCCGCCGCCUUCAGACGCGCCGCCGCCGCCGCCGCCCUCCCACUUGCCGCCCUCCGACUUGCCUCCGCCGCCCUCCGACUUGCCUCCGCCGCCGGACGACUUGCCUCCGCCGCCGGACGACUUGCCUCCGCCGCCGGACGACUUGGCCGCCCUGCUCGAGGCGGCGGCGCGGAGGAUGGCGUCCGCCACGGCGAGCCACUGGAGGCUGCAGGCGUGGCUGGCGGUGCGGCGCGAGGCGGGGGGCGACGCGGCGCCGCCGCGCCCCGUGGGCGGCGAGGCGAACGAGCGCGCGGUGGCCGAGGGAUGUGCGGCGCUCGCGGCGCCGAUGGCGAGCUGUGGCGGCGGCGGCGGAGGCAGAGGCGGCGGUGGCGGUGGCGGCGGCAACGGCGGCGACGGCGGCGACGGCGGCGGCCUCGACAACCGCUCUCUCUCGCAGGCCGGCGCUGCGGAGGAGGAUAGCACUGGCGCCAUGCUCCGACGGCUGCGCGCGGCGAGCGAUUCGCUGCUUGAACCACCGACGCACGGGGGGGCGGCGGCGGCGGCGGCGCGUGGGGGGGAGACGCUCGGGACGCUGCUCGGCAGGUCCUCGAGGUCGGCCGGUGGCGCCGUCGACGCUGAGGAGGUGGCGGAGGCGUUCGACGCGCUCCGUCGAGCCUCUGCCGACCAUCGCGCCGCCGCGACGGCGGCACCUGCGGACGGCGCCGCGGUUGCCCAGCGCCUUCUGCACGCCGGAGCGAUGGCGAGCGUGCUCGACGUCUUGUCGGCGCUACUGCGUACGCCACCCUCGCCGCCGCCGCCGCCGCCGCCGCCGCCGCCGCCGCCGCCGCCGCCCUCGCUGCCGCCAGACCAGCUGCGGGCGGUCGUGGCGGCCGCCGCUCUGAGCGAGGAGCUCCUCUUCCGCACGAGCGGGCCCGCGCUGCCGGAGGGGUCGCACGCGGCCUCCUCCGUCGAGCGCUUGCCGCGAGGAGGCGAGGGGGGCGGAGGCGAGGGGGGAGGAGGCGAGGGGGGAGGAGGCGAGGGGGGCGGAGGCGCGGCCGCAGCUUACUCGCCGCCCUCGCCGGGGUGCUCGCCCGGGGUGCCCGUUGAGGCGCACGCCGCGGGCGCGGGCGCGCUGCAGCAUCUACUCACCCGCGGCGAGGAGCACGCGCGGCUCGUGAGGCUGCCGCCGCGCGCGUGCGCCGCCCCCCUCGUCGCCGCGCUGGCGUCGGACGAGCUGACCGUGCGCCGCCGCGCCGCGGGCGCCGUGUGCAACGCGAGCGCCGACGACGACGCGCUUGACCUGCUCGUCGAGUGCGGCGCCGCAGGGGCGCUCGCGUUGCACCUCCUCCCGAGCGGCGGCGCCGCUUGUGCCUCCGCCGCCACCGCCGCCUCCUCGCCGGCGGAGCAGGCGGCGCGGCACGCCUCGCUGCGGGCGCUCGAGAGGCUGUGCCGUGUGUCUGCGACGGCGCGCGAGCAGGCGGCGGCCGCGAUGCCCGAGGCGGCGCCUCUCCUCUCUCAGCUGGCGGCGCUGCUGCAGACGAGCGGCCACGCCCCCACGCGCGCGCUCGCCUCGCGUACGGUCGCGUCGCUCUCGCGCUCCGAGUCGCGCCACUGGAGGCCAGCGGCUGAGCGGCCGCCGCCGCGCGCGUGGCCGCCCUCCUCCCUCGUGUACUACACGGGCGUCGCGCUCGAGCCGUGGGGCCCCGAGCGGCUCGAGACCGGGCUGGGCGGCUCCGAGACGGCGGUGCUGCAGCUCGCCUCGCGCUGGAAGGCGAUGGAGCCCGACCGGGAGGUGGCCGUGUACUUGCGCAUGGGCGCGCCCGCCGAUGGCGCCGCGGCGGCGGCGGCGGCGGCGGCGGCGGCGACGGAGCGCGAGUGGCGCGGCGUGCGGCUCGUGGACGUGGCGGCCUUCAACCCGUCCGACAGCUUCGGCACGCUCAUCGCGUGGCGCUCGCUCGAGCUGCUGGACGAGCCCCUCGACGCGCGGCUCGUGCUGCUCGAUCUGCACGACAUGCCGCGGCGGCGCGACAUGUCGCCGCGCCGCCUCGCGCGCGUGGACCGCCUCAUGUGCAAGAGCGAGUUCCAGCGCGGCGUCCUGCCGCCCGUCGCCUCGGGUACGCCCGCCUGCGUCCUCCCCAACGGCGUCGACGAGGAGCUGGUCGCCAGAGUCAAGGCCGAGGUAUGGGGAGAGACGGGGAGAGACGGGGAGAUGCGGGGAGAUAUGGUCGCCAGAGUCAAGGCCGAGCGGCGGCAGCCCGCGGCGCCAGCGGCCGAGGCCGACGCCGGCGCGCCCCGCCCCGCCGCGCCGCGGCUGGUGUACACGUCGUCGUACGACCGCGGCCUCGAGCACAUGCUGCGCCACGGCUGGCCGGCGCUGCUGGCGCGCGUGCCCGACGCGACGCUGCACGUGUACUACGGCUGGCGCACGCACGAGCUGCUCCACCCAGCCUCGGCGUGGCGCGACGGCAUGAAGGCGCUCCUCGCGAGCUUUGGGCCGAGCGUGGUCGACCACGGCCGCGUCGGGCAGCUGGAGCUGCUGCGCGCCAAGGCGCGCGCGCAGCUCCUCUACUAUGUGGGCGACUGGCCCGAGAUCGACUGCAUCGCCGUGCGCGAGGCCGCGAUGCUCGGCUGCGUGCCGCUCACCUCGAGCGUCGCCGUCUUCUCCGACCCGAGCAAGGACUACGUCCUCCGCGUCGAGGGCGACCCGACGGAGCCGAGCACGCAGCGCGCGGCGGCGGCCAGGGCGGCCGAGAUCCUGCUCGAGUGGAAGGCCCGCGGCGCGCUGCCGUCCGUCGACACGCCGACGCUGCGCUCCGAGACGUGGGCGGCCGUCGCGAGGCGCUGGCUCGACGUCGUGGCGGCAGACGUGUCCGCACGAGCAAGUGAUGACUCUGAUGUAGAGUGAUACCUGAUACGGUGCACCACGGGCAAA